AAUAUAAAUACAAAGAAUCAGUUUACCGUACACAUAAGUCAGUAACUGUCGAGAGAGGGACUAGAGUGCACGUGUCUUGUAUAUAUGUCAUAUUGAGCUGUAAUCGUGCAAUAUGUUCUUCGGCAUCUACCUUGUUAUCUGCAUGCUGAGCAGCUUGCAGUUAGCAAAUGGAGCAUCGACAACAAAAGAAAGCGACUCUUUCAUAGUAUUCCCUGGACCAACACAAGAUAUAAAGAAUCGUUACGGAAAUGUUGUACCCGAAAAGUGCAAGGAUAUGAACUUCUGCACUGUGAAACCUAAUGACUACCCUCAAGAUCUGUUUAAUAAAAUUUUCAAAGGAAAAUUUAAGGAACCAAUAUUCCAGCCAACAUUUAUGAUGACAGAUGAUCGCCAAGGCGACCCAGACGAAGUGGAUGACUGUGACACUGUCGUGACGUUCGAGCCGCUUUACAAAGUAAAGUCCUUGGAAGGAGAGUGGCGCACAGUGGUCCAAGCUCCAGAAGAGAAUUAUUUACAGAUGGUGCGAAUUGAAUCAUGCAAAUCAGUUGGAAGUGCCUGUUUUACAUCGUUCAGGGAUCCUACGGGGCUGAAACCAUUUUGCAAACAAAAGUAUAGCGUAUGGGAGUUCCUCGUCCACGAUGGUAAAAAUGGAACAGAAAAAAUCAAAGUGAAUCUACCCACCUGCUGUGCCUGCCAAUAUAAGAGGUCACUGGCAUAAAGCCGGUUGCAUUAACGUGGGAUGACGAAAUAAGAUAAAUAAAAUGUUUGGUUACACAAGACGGACAACAAUGAACUACCUAUUUAUGCGUAAUUUAAUUAUGUACUUCGAAAAAUAAUCUUAGUAGGUAGGUUUCUCAUUUUGCCUCGUUGGUCAAGUGGAUCGCAAGUGGAACAUGCCAAGGAAGAAAUUUAGGGUUAAAUUCCAACAAGUAUUACUGAUUAAUAGUUUUAAAAAAUUCGCAGUUACAGUUUAAAACAUGAAAUUGUGCCUGGUGUACCUACAGCAGCGUCACGUCUAUUACAUGGCCCAAAUGAAUGAAAAUUGGGCAUUAUAUUUAACAUAAUUUUAGAACGCAAGCCGCUGCCUUCAUCACAAACAAUUGUUAAAAAUUACAUACCUACUUAAUACAUUUUUAUUAUUUGCUGAUCACUGCAAACUAUUAUAGGUUAGGCUCUAAUGAUGUAGAAGUUAGGUAACUUAUGGCAUUUAACUAGGUAUUUCAUAAUAGUACCUUUAUUCUUAUUUAUUUAGGCUAUGUCUUUAUAUUAUUACUAGUCAUAUUGAAAUAAAAAUAUAAUAA